AUGUCUAUCCGGCAGAAGCCCGACGAGUCGUUGAGGAACUUCAUGACCCGCUUCAACGCGGAGAGCUUGCAGGUAAGGGAUAAAGACGAGAAAGUGGUAAUGGCCGUAUUCACGAACGGGCUCAGGGUAGAGGAGCUCUUCUACGAGUUGGCCAAGAAGCCUCCCGUAAACCUGGAGGAGCUCCUAACCCGGGCGCACGCGGCCGCUAAUGCGGAGGAGGCAGGCCGCCUGAAGAAGGAAUCAGAUCGAGAGCUCGGAGAUUGGAAGGGUCGAACAAACCCCCAAGAGGGCAAGGACGUCCCGGCCAAGAAGAACGUCUUUGAUCGACUCUCGAAGGAGAAGGCACCCGUUCCGCCACCGCUCUCGGAGAAGAGCUACAUCCCUCUGACACGGCCUAGAGCCCAGAUCUUGUCUGUUAUGGAAGCGGAAGGGCUGGGAGAUCGGCCGCCAAAGAUGGGAACACCUCGGAACAAGAGGAAUCAGGACCGGUACUGUGCCUUUCACCGCGACGUGGGGCACGACACGGAGGGAUGCUGGGCCCUAAAGAAGGAGAUCGAGAACCUGAUCCAGCGCGGCUUUCUGGGACGGUUCGUACGCCAUGACCGACCGGGCCAGGAGUUCGGGCGCCAUUACUAUGGGGACCGGCGUGAGGUACAGCGUCGCGACCGUCCUGAGCGACGCGAUGCCCCUUGGGGCCAUUCGCCCGACUAG